AUGUCCGUCAUACAACCAAUUCCGGACACAAUAACCAUACCCCAAACCUGGUUUCGCUUUGUGUCAAAGUCACAUCUCAUAGAGCUUGGUGAAACCCCACCAUAUUAUCCAGGUACUCAUCACACCACCCCAUCCCACUACAUACCCGUUCCUUACACAGUUACAUUUACUUCUAUCCAGACUACAUUGGCGUUCUAUCGAAGAUCAGCAAACUGCACCAAAGCGAGUGGGGAAUCAUUUGUGUUACUCAUACUAACUGACGAAAGUGGUAGUGAACUUGCAAUCAAUCUAUGGAAAGAAUGUAUAAGUAAUCCACAGAAAUUCAACCAUGUCUCCUUACAUCCACCACCCGCUACAACAGUUGUUGCAGUCACGAACUUAAAACCCUCCAUAUCUAAUGGAGCGUUAUGCCAUGGCUCAUCACAUGCUACACAUAUCUAUGUCAUCCCAGAGAUACCAGAAACAACGUCUCUCAUUAACCUAUAA